UAGCUUUCGGGUACCUCUCUCUGUUUCUUCCUACUGGCUCUCACACCCUAUAUAUUCUUUCUGUUUCUUUUUUCUCAUCACCAACUUUCCUUUCUCUUGUAUGCUUUUGCCUAAGCGGUCUCAAUAUUUCGGUUAAUAUGGGAACGACUGUCAAUGUGGUUGUGCUGUCAGUGUUCAUCUCGUCCCUGUUGUUUUAUGUGGUAAAUGCAUCCAAUGAUGAAUUGGUUAGAAUUGGGCUUAAAAAGAUAAAAUUGGAUCCAAACAACCGGCUUGCUUCCCAGCUUGAGUCCAAGGAUCGAGAGGCUCUCAGAGCAUCUAUUAUUAAAAAGUAUCGUUUCCGUAAUAAUCUUGGAGACUUUGAGGAGACUGAUAUUGUUGCAUUGAAGAACUACAUGGAUGCUCAGUACUAUGGUGAGAUUGGUGUUGGAACUCCACCACAAAAGUUCACUGUGAUAUUUGACACAGGCAGCUCAAAUCUGUGGGUACCAUCAACUAAGUGCUAUUUCUCGGUUGCGUGUUUCUUCCAUUCCAGGUACAAGGCAAGUGAGUCAAGUACCUAUAAGAAGAAUGGGAAAUCUGCUUCUAUUCAAUAUGGCACUGGAGCUAUUUCUGGUUUCUUUAGUUAUGAUCAUGUUCAAGUUGGUGACUUGGUUGUGAAAGAUCAGGAAUUUAUUGAGGCUACUAAGGAGCCAGGUGUUACAUUUUUGGCGGCCAAAUUUGAUGGGAUAUUAGGACUUGGGUUCAAGGAGAUUUCAGUGGGGGAUGCUGUCCCAGUGUGGUACAACAUAAUCAAACAAGGUCUUAUCAAGGAACCGGUAUUUUCAUUUUGGCUUAACCGCAAUGUAGAUGAAGAAGCGGGUGGUGAAAUUGUGUUUGGUGGGGUUGAUCCAAACCACUACAAGGGCAAGCACACAUACGUUCCUGUAACGCAAAAAGGCUAUUGGCAGUUUGACAUGGGUGAUGUUCUUAUUGGUGACAAACCAACUGGAUAUUGUGCUGGCGGCUGUGCAGCGAUUGCAGACUCUGGAACUUCUUUGCUUGUAGGUCCAACGACUGUGAUUACCAUGAUAAACCAAGCAAUUGGAGCCUCUGGAGUGGUUAGCCAGGAGUGCAAGUCAGUGGUUCAACAAUAUGGGCAAACCAUAAUGGAUUUACUCAUAGCUCAGGCUCAACCACAGAUAAUCUGCUCCCAAAUUGGAUUGUGCACUUUUGAUGGUGCUCAUGGUGUUAGCAUGGGCAUUGAGAGUGUGGUGGAUGAGAGCAAUCGGAAAUCAUCUGGAAUUGUUCGUGAUGCUAUGUGCCCUGCUUGUGAGAUGGCAGUUGUGUGGAUGCAGAACCAAUUAAGGCAGAAUCAGACUCAAGAGCGCAUAUUGAACUAUGUUGAUCAGCUUUGUGAUCGAAUGCCAAACCCAAUGGGAGAAUCUGCUGUUGACUGUGGAAGUCUUUCUUCCAUGCCUACUGUUUCCUUCACUAUUGGCGGCAAAGUUUUUGACCUUGCCCCAGAAGAGGUACAAUCAUCCUUAUUUUCAUACAUCCUCAAGGUGGGUGAAGGCUCUGAAGCUCAGUGCAUCAGUGGCUUUACUGCCAUGGAUAUUCCUCCUCCUCGUGGGCCUCUCUGGAUUUUGGGAGAUGUCUUCAUGGGUCGCUACCACACCGUGUUUGAUUAUGGUAAAAUGAGAGUUGGGUUUGCAGAGGCGGCAUAAAAAGAUCUUACCAUGGGGACCUGAGUUUUUAAUGCGCAUUCGCUAUUGUGUUAUGUAUAACUCUAUAAAGAUGGUGGUAAUAUGAAAUCACUGGUCUCAGCCUAAAACCUAAAAUCGUUGUUGUGUUGCUUGUAAAUAUUGCCGUCCUUGCUCUGUUUUACCAACAUGGUAGAAAGUAGGAUUUGCUAUAGUCAAAGUUGUGAAACCAGGGAAGAAGUAUCAAUGGUCAAAGAUAUUUAUUAAUCAGUUC